AUCUCAACCGAGGAAGACAAGCCUAGUGGGCGAAGGAUGACAGGUGCAUGAAGACAAACCUUGCCUGUGAUGGCCUUCUGCUGCUGCCUCAUUACCUACUGCGAGUACUAGGACACUCUCCUUCUCUCGCUUUUAUAUCGCAAGAGCUCGCCAUGCUCAUCGAGGGUGGAAGGUUAGUGGAGAAGCAAACGGCGAUGAGUUCAGAGUGCAGUAGUGGUUGCCAGUCUGGUUGGACUACAUACUUUCUCCACUCCUCGGACGUGCGAAAUUCGCUUUCUUACGGAGAGGGCGAAUCCUUCCGAGGAGUAGAGGAAGAGGAGGGCUUGUCGAUGAUCUCUGAUGCAUCCUCUGGGCCGCCACAUUUCAACGAAGAUGAUGGAAAUGGCCGCUUCCUUUACUCUGCUUUGGUUCCAGCUGACGGUGGCAAGAAGAAGAGAACUUUGGUCGAGCAACAACGGAACCAGCACUCUUCUGCUUUGGAUGACACUGCCAGUUCACAGCUCUUCAACAACCCUGAGGUGAAUAGCUUCACCGAUUGCAACUACCGGAUGAAGAAAUCCAUGGAGGAAACUUUUUUUCAGUCUCAAGAACAAGUUUUGCAGGCACAGUCUGCUCUAAGGGUGCAAAUGGGCUACUCUCAAUGCUCUGCUUGCGUCAAACAAAACCCGACAAGACCAGUUAAGUUCCUAAAGAUACCUCGAUCGAUUUCUCUUCAUUUUGAACUUUAUGCUGAUGAUGAUGUUUUUGCUCAUGUUGUGAUUCGCAGGGAUCAAGGAAAAAGGGAAGGAAGAUAUAUCAUCGAGGAAUUGAUCAACAAUGGACAUCAGCUAGAUGCAAUAAGCUUUGCUCAUGAAGCUGGUUUGCAGGAGAAGUUCCCUCUAGUUCAAUUGCUAAAAUCCUUCCAAUAUGGAUCACAGAUAGCAACUUCAACUGCAGAAGACAGCAACAACAGUGGGCAAACUGUAAAUACCACAAUCCGCUAG